AACAAAAUCGAAUCGGUAAACCAGUUGCCAUAACCUACAAAUAAUUACCAGCGUUGAUUGGUCAAUAAUUCUCCCGCCACCUUUGUGUAUAAUGUUAUUGUAGGUACCCCUCUAGUGCGACAUUGAACUGCUGUAAACUAAAACGCUUUGGUGGCUAAUCGAUGUUCCUCUGUCUUCGCGGUUUGAGUUAGUUUGUAAAAGCUUACUUCGUCAGCGAGGUUACGUUUUGUAAUCCAACUAAUAUUUGUGUGCGUUUUGUGUCGUUUGUGUUGAACAUAAAUAAAUUUUGGAAUGGAGAAACGUAUAGAAUUAGAAAAGCGAGGCAAAAACCCUGCCGACAUCAAAGAAUUGAAUUUGGAUAAUUGUCGAAGCACAAGCAUCGUAGGAUUGACAGAUGAAUUUACCAACUUAGAGAGUCUGUCUCUAAUUAAUGUUGGCCUUAUUUCCCUUAAAGGAUUCCCAAAACUGCCGAAUUUAAAAAAGUUGGAAUUAAGUGAUAACAGGAUAUGCAAUGGUUUGAAUCUUUUAGAAACAAGUCCUAAACUGACACACCUAAAUUUGAGUGGUAAUAAAAUCAAAGACUUGGCAACACUGGAGCCUCUAAAGAAUUUUAAAUAUUUGAAAAACUUGGAUCUGUUCAACAAUGAAGCCACUACGGUAGAAAAUUACAGGGAAAAAGUGUUCAAGAUGAUCCCCAGCCUUAAAUAUUUAGAUGGUUAUGAUGAAGCCGAAGGUGAAGCUGAUGAUAGUGAUGCCGAGGAGGAAGUCAAUGGUAACGAGGAUGAUUCUGUUGUAGACAGUUCUUCCGAUGAGGAAGAAGACUUGGAUGAAAGCGUAGGACUUGGAGCUGUUUAUUCAGAAAAUUUGGACGAUCUUUCAGACGAAGGUGAUUAUGAGGCUGGCGAAGAGGAAGAAGAGGAGGAUGGGAUUGAAGAGGAAGAAGACGAGGAUGGCACAGAAGAAGAUGUACAAUCGCCUGCAUCCUCUUCUCCUGAUUUCGCAAGGGGAAAAAAGCGGAAAUUGGAAGACGGCGAUGAAAAUUAAGAUGCGUCGACAGUAGUGAUAUGAACAUUUUUUACUGACCAAUGAAAGUGUCUCCAACACGGUGAGAAGAGACGAAUUAUAUCGUCGCCCCUGGCUGUGGUUUCAUACUUUACAAAAAUAAACAUCAAAAGAAAAAAAAACAUUGGUGUGUCUAUAAUAAUAAUAAUAAUAAUUUGCUAAAUUUACAUAUUCUAAAUUUACCUGAAAAACCCCAUCCCCGAAACGGAAGAAACAUUUCGAAAAAAGAUACCUCUAGAGUUAUUAUAGUUGUAAAGUAGCAGCCAGACGUUGUUAAAAAUGUAAGUCAAUGAUGGAAUAGUUAUAUUUUGUACAUCCAUUAUAGAUAUGUCUAGUAGUUUAGGGUGUUUACAUUUACAUAUAGCUAAGUUAUUUGUUUUUUUUAUAUAUAAGUAAUUUUGUGUUAUGCCGCCAAUUUCAAAUCAAAUUCUAAUAUAGAUUUAUUUCUGCGA